CGAAGGACGCCCUCCCUAAAACCGCCGCGCCGCCUCCGUCUGAGCGCUUCUGUCCGAGUUUCCGGAGACUCAGCAGACCCAGCACUGCUUUAAACCAUUCAAGACCACCUACAGACCCUCUCUCGAGUCUUCACAGGAGUUACUCAGCGUUGCGCUGCUGUAAGGGAGCUACGGCUACUUUCGCUUUGGGUCAUCGCUGGUCGUCGGUGUAGCAGCAGCGCUAACAGUGGACAUGAAUGGCCUGCCGUAUUUCUGCCGAGGACCGGUGGUGCGAGGAUUUGGAAGGGGGAGCAAGGAGCUGGGAAUCCCUACAGCAAACUUCCCAAUGUCUGUAGUGGACAAUCUCCCUGCUGACAUCAGCACAGGCAUCUACUAUGGCUGGGCACGAGUGGACAGUGGAGAAAUCCACAAGAUGGUGAUGAGCAUCGGCUGGAACCCGUACUACAAAAAUACAAAGAAAUCAAUGGAAACACAUCUGAUCCACAAGUUUAAAGAGGAUUUCUACGGUCAAACGCUAAGUGUGGCCAUGGUGGGCUACAUUCGCCCAGAAAGAGGAUUCAAUUCACUUGAGGAAUUGAUAGCAGCAAUUCGUGGUGACAUUGAAGAAGCGAAAAAAAAGCUGGACUUGCCAGAACACUUGAAACUGAAAGAGGACAACUUUUUCAGAUCAUCUGUAUCCACAACGAGCGAUGAGAUUAUGAACGGUCACUGACUUGACCCUAUCACUUGCCUGUUGUGUCCCAUCUUCCAUUUUCUUGGGGUAAAGCCACUGCAACAUGCUUUAAAAUGUUAUUUUUAUACUAUAGCAUUUUAGAGGAAGGUUUACGUGUCAGUGUGGAGCUGCUGAAUGGUGUUGGUAAUGACUGCAGAGCCAGCUUUGUCACUACAUACUUUUCCAAGGUCAGUCUGUAUAAAGAGAUGAAAAGGCAGGAGGAGUGGGGUUCCAGUGUUUGUCAUGGGGGAAAGUAUAAGCAUUACCAUGUACACGUAGCAUAUGGUCUAUUGCUCUAGACAGUUUUGGCCUAUUUCUCUGUACUUAGAAAAGAACACACAAACCCGUUCAACUCAAAACACGAUUAUACUAGAAGACAACAGGCAGCUGCUGAAGCAUCUGAAGCAAGAGUUGGCCUCAUACCCGGUGUUAAUAUCCGUCUUUAGUGAUCUGAUCACAAGUGGACAGCAAGACGUAUAACUAGGGCUGGGCAGUAUGAAUGUUUAUUAUUAUUAUUAUUAUUAUUAUUGUGAUGAAUUGCUUCACAACAUGCUUUACCAAGCAUAUUGUGGAUAUUGUGUUUCUAGAACUCCAAAUAACUGUGUUUUACUACAGAGCAUAAUUAGGCCUGAUUAAUUGGUUUUAUUGCAGGUCAGUAUGUGAUUAAAAUCAUUUGUACUCAUAGUUUUUAAUAGCAUUUUUAAAUAUCGCACAAUUUUUGUCCAUUCUAGCGUAAUAUUUGUCAGAAAACAAUACAUAUUGUGAUAUGUAUGUAUGUAAUAUUAGAUUUAAAUUGCCCACCACAAGGUAAAAAUGCGUCUCCAGUGACUCAGAUUUCAUGACUCUUCAUCUCUAUAAUAUGUCACAAUCAUGACAUGAUUUUGCUGAUUAAUAGUCAGAAAUAAUGGCAGUUAACAAUGGAAUAGUCUUUUUUCCAUUAUAUGGAACUAUUACAGUACAAGCCUACCUCCUUCAUAGCUCGCUUUACUUUGUAGCUAAUACUAGCUUGUACCUAGAAUCAUGUGUAGAGCUGAGCAAAGCUUACAAGCAUCUCUCAAGUGUUUAAACGUGAGAGAAAAAUACUUUUUCUGCAAGCAUACAUGCUAACAUUAAUGUCCGCUACUUUGCAAGUGAGUAACCAAACGUUAAAAGCUUUGUUGUUCUUGCAAGACUCAUUAUGUGACCCAGUAAAUGCACAUCUUUUGCAUUUAUUUGUCUGAACUCAACUGGUGAAAACGCAUCUAGUUCACAGUCUGAUUGUAGUCGGCUUAAAGUAAAGCUGUAAUAGUUGCUGUCAGGAACACACAGAUCUUCUGCGUUCGCAGUAUAAUUGAUAUGUGGUCAUAAACGUCACCGACCACCUCCGAAGGUGGACCGAGCAGUUGGAUCACAGUGCGUCUCUGGGAUGCACUGGACCCUGUUCACCUUUACAUUACUGAUGUCUACUUAUCUGGUCACCUGAGAGGUGUUUAAUGUCAUGUGUAGUAGGGGCUGUCCAUUCACUGCAGCUCUUACCCGUUUGAAGCAGCUGCCUUGUUGAGGUCUAUUAUAACUUGUUUCAAGCUAUUGGAUUUUCUCUUCUUUUCUAAGUGCAGGGAAACAAAUUGUAAUUAUUGUCUGCGGUACAGAAGCGGCACACAGAGAUCAGGUUGACCAAUGUUGGCGUAUUCCUUUAAGAAAGGCUGGUGAUGGAUCCCCAAAACAGAAAAAAAAAGCCUUCCCCUAUUGUGUAACAUUUAUGAAGGACGUCUCAGUGGGGAGGAAGAACCUUCAGGACAGUGAGACUUAUUUAGACUGAGUUUUCUGUAACAUUGAUAUCACACUGUGUAGCAGAUCCGUCACAAGACUAAACGGGAGUGUCUGAUUUCUCACCCCAUCAUAUAAGCCUGGUUCUUUACUCAAGGGAAGAUCCUGCUUUUGUAGUUGAGAAUCAGGCAUGUUCUAAUGAACCAGGUGAACAUUUUCAAAUGAGUUGUGAUGAUCUUCUGAAUAUUUAAGAGUAUGCAUACAGUUGUAUAAAUGUGUGUGUAAAUAGAGAUGAUGGAGCCAUUCCCUUUUAAGUAAUUUAUUUGUCUUGUGUUUGUUUUGUAUUAUUUGUAAUAAUUGAUUGACCUUUUCAUUCAUAUAUAAUUUUAUACAUAUAUAAAUGUGGUUGCGUGGGGCAACUGCAAGAUUCCAAUGGGCCUUGACAAUAAACCUUGACAAAUCAUGCUUUUCCAAUGAUCAGGCAAUAAUGGAAUAAUGGAAACACCACAUGAGAUACUCACACUCACUGGCUAUUUAGUCUAAAUACCUACCAUAGAAGUGCCCUUUGUAGGUUUACAGUUUAGAGAGAUUAGUCAAAGUAGGCAUUGAAGAGAAACUACAAAUAGAAGGCUUUAAGGCUUAUUUGUGUUUAUAUAUAUUUUUAUACUUCUUUGUGGGUUUAUUUGUCCAAGAGGUCUAAUAUACACGGAUAUGCAUACUUCGAACUAGCUCAAAUGAUAUCAACUGUUUGAAAAAAAAUCUUUUGUGCUGUAUUUGUUUUUUUUGUGAUGAUUGUAACAUUACAUGGCAAUUUUACAAGCGAAAUCCCACUUAUAACUGAGUUAAGUGCUUUUAAAUGAUGUGCUUUGGUACUUAAGCCGUUUGCAUAGUACAUACAUUAUGCAUAUAUACGCUGCUUUCAGAAUAAAACCUUACAUCUCCA